CUGUUCUUCCUUUCGCGGCUGCUCUCGGUGACGGUAGGCGCCAUGCCGGCGAAGGGACCCCUCCAGAGCGUGCAGGUUUUCGGCAGGAAGAAAACUGCUACUGCAGUUGCUCAUUGCAAAAGAGGAAAUGGCCUCAUUAAAGUAAAUGGAAGGCCCUUGGAAAUGAUAGAGCCCAGAACUCUGCAGUACAAACUGCUUGAACCGGUACUCCUUUUGGGCAAGGAGCGCUUUGCAGGAGUUGACAUUCGAGUCCGUGUGAAGGGUGGCGGACACGUAGCACAGAUAUACGCAAUUCGGCAGUCUAUUUCCAAAGCAUUGGUGGCAUAUUACCAGAAGUAUGUUGAUGAAGCUUCCAAGAAGGAGAUAAAGGAUAUCCUCAUCCAGUACGAUCGGACCCUUUUGGUUGCUGAUCCUCGUCGUUGUGAAUCCAAGAAGUUCGGUGGACCUGGUGCUCGUGCACGCUACCAGAAGUCUUACCGCUAAAAAAAAAGCAAUGCUUUCGAAUUCUUAAAUAAA